CCUUCUUCUCUUCCCGGCUGGUGGGAGGAGAAGAAUCCUGUCAGUUUGCUCCAUAAUGGCGGACACGUGUGGCCAAGUACUUCUGGGGUCUGGAUUAACGAUCCUUUCCCACCCCCUCAUGUACAUCAAAGUUCUAGUUCAGGUUGGCCAUGAACCUCUCCCUCCCUCCCUUGGAAGAAACCUGUUUGGUAGACAAGUGUACCAGCUGCCUGGAUUGUUUGCCUAUGCGAAGCACAUCAUAAAGAUUGAUGGCAAGGCAGGUCUCUUUAAUGGCCUAGCCCCCAGGCUCUGUGCAGGGACCAUCGGCACCCUUGUACACAGCAGAGUCUUGCAGAGAUGCCAGGAUGCAGGCAAAUAUGAGGUGUCUGGAACCAGUCAGAAAGCUGAAGAGGGAUCUUUACAGCAUGUUGUGAAUGAGACAACAAAAGAGAUGAUAGCCCGCUCCUGUGCCACGAUCGUCACGCACCCCUUCCAUGUGAUCACCUUGAGAUGCAUGGUCCAGUUUAUCGGUAGAGAAACCAAGUACAGUGGAGUGUUUGAUUCCAUCGUCACUGUCUACAAGAAUGAAGGAGUUCUGGGAUUCUUUGCGGGCCUUAUUCCUCGUCUGCUGGGUGACGUGCUCUCUCUGUGGAUCUGCAACAUGCUUGCCCACCUCAUCAACACAUACGCCAUUGAUGACUCAAUGAGUCACACAGGAGAAAUAAAGAACUGCUCUCAGGCUGUGACUGGGUUCUUGGCCAGUAUGCUCACAUACCCCUUUGUUUUGGUGUCAAACCUCAUGGCUGUCAAUGACUGCGGGCUGGCUGGCGGCCUCCCUCCCUAUGCUUCUAUAUAUCCAACCUGGGUGGACUGCUGGAGGCACCUGAGCCUAGAGGGAAACAUGAGCAGAGGCAACAGUUUAUUUUUCCGGAAGCUGCCUGUGGGGAAGACGUAUGCAAUCGACCAGAAGAGAUUUCUUUAAAGUCUUGAACUACCUGCAUAGAAUCUAAUUGUAAUUAUAUAAAUUGACAUUGCCUGAAUGGGGGUGGAUCGCUGGCAUCUAAUCCUUUGUAUGCACUUGUUUACUUUUUUUUUUUUUAACAACCUGUCAUCAAGUAAAGAACUGCUUUGAUUGGAAAUGUGAAGAGCUUCCUUUUAAUAGACAUUUGUAAAACUGUACUGCGGGUUAAUUAAAUGGAGCCGUUUCACCUAAAUCCAGGAACAAACAAGAUGUUCCUCUUUCUGUGAUGGGAGACUGACUUAUGUCACCUAUUGCCAAUGUAUACCAAGUUUCGGAAUACCCUGUAUAUCUGGAAUGGAGGCUCUCCUUGUUGAGUUUGAUGGAAGUUUUAUUGAAAACGUGCAUGUAAUGUUUAAUUCAAAGGGAUUUUGGUCCCUUGUGUUAUGGACGUGAUCAUGCUACAACUUCAAAGGGUCCAUGUGGUGUUAAGGUAAUUUUGGGCCACACUGUGCUAUGGAGUUGACAAAUGUCUAUCGCCUUGUCGAAGCAGUCAGGUGCUUGUAUUAACUCAUUGACUGAUCCAAAUAAAGAUGCUUUUUUUUGACUUA